GGCGGCUAGCCUAUAUAGACAAUUAGAGAGGCUCCCUCACUACUUGUUUGCUGUUUGUUCUGGCCGGAGUAAGACAUCAAGGAUCUGCAGCAAUAUGGAUCAUGAGAGGAAGAGAAAAAUCAAGGAGAGAUUUGCCCUGAGGCAUGACAUCUUCAAAGAGUUCCUGGCUGAAUUCCUGGGGAUCUUCGUCCUAAUACUCUUCGGAUGUGGGUCGGUUGCACAGACGGUGCUGAGUAAAGGGGCUCUCGGGGAGCCUCUGACCAUCCACAUUGGCUUCACUCUGGGGGUCAUGAUGGCUGUCUACAUGGCAGGGGGAGUAUCAGGAGCCCAUGUGAACCCUGCGGUUUCUCUGGCUAUGGUGAUCUUAGGAAAGCUACCUGUGAAGAAGUUCCCAGUGUAUGUGGUGGCACAGUUCCUGGGUGCCUUUGCUGGGUCUUGUGCUGUCUAUGGGCUUUAUUACGAUGCUUUGAUGGAGUAUACCAAUGGGGAAUUCGCUGUUACUGGCGUGAAUGCCACAGCCAACAUAUUUGCAUCCUACCCUGCCAAACAUCUGUCAGUUGUAAAUGGAUUUGUUGAUCAGGUUAUUGCAACUGGUGCACUGAUUCUGUGCAUCCUAGCCAUCACUGACGGAAAGAAUAUCGGUGCUCCAAAAGGCAUGGAGCCUCUGUGCAUCGGCCUGAUCAUCCUGGCCAUCGGAGUGUCCAUGGGCCUGAACUGCGGCUAUCCAAUCAACCCUGCACGGGACCUCGGCCCGAGGUUCUUCACUGCUGUGGCCGGCUGGGGCAUGGAAGUGUUCAGAGCUGGAGGCUGCUGGUGGUGGAUCCCUGUGGCAGGGCCUAUGGUGGGCGGAGCGGUCGGUGCUGCCAUAUACUUUGUCUUUGUUGACUUGCACCACUCCGAGCCUGAAAAACAGGAAGAGAACAACGUCAAGGACAAAUACGAGAUGAUCACUAUGAGUUAAAAGGGAGAACGAGAGCUGCAACCCAGCAAAGUCAUGGCAGCUGUCUCCUCCUCUCACCUUCAGCAGGCAAAAAGGUUCACUUAAAUGAAGCAAUGUUACACAGUUCUUCCCUCACAACUGUCACUCAGUGUUUUGAGACUUUACAUUUGAUAAUAAAAGUAAUAUAAGACAUGCAGGACAGAUCAUUCAGGGUAUUUACAGCUUGUGUAGGUAACUUUGUGGGUGGAAUUUUGUUGAAAAUUUAAAUUUAAACAGCACCCACCUGAGAUUCAGCACCUCAUCCAAGUCACUCCCACGUGUGCUCAUGAGGUUGGCCGGCUCCCAGCUAAGCUAAGUUUGUUUGGGGAGGGAAGAUGAGCAUGCACAGCAGGCGUGCAUGUGAUUGGACUGUGAUCGCAACUCUUCCUUGAGGCAAUUGGUUGUUUGAUUUGAUCCCAAGCUGGAUUUUAACAAAUGAGAUUACAAGGUACCACUUUACAAAAAGACUAUCCUCAUAAAGCGUGUAUGAAUAGUUUAUAAUUAUAUUAUUAAGUAGGUUGUUUUUAUAAAGUAGGCUGUUUUUAUAUACUUUAUAAAUAAAUAAAUGAACAAUUAUAAAGAAGUUACUACACUUUUCAUACAUCAGUGCAAGUAAGCUAAGCAACUAGCAAGAUCUGAGAUUUAACAGAACAGAUGCAGUGCAGCAGUAACUGGAUCAGCGCCAAAUAGUGAGCCUACAUCAAUGUAUGAAAACUGUGUUAGAGCCUUUAUAAUUGUUUAUUCAUGAUUUGUAAAGUGUUUACAACCUAAUAACCUCAUUAUAAGCUAUUCAUAAACUCGUUAUAAGGGUAGUCUUAUUGUGAAGUGGCACUGAUUACAGUCCCAGGAGCAGCCCAGGAAUCUGGAUUUUUUUUUCUCAGUAUAUUUAGUUUGGAUUGGAGCAUGGAUUAUGAGGGAAAAAGUAACCUAAAGAAUCUUUACACUACUUAAAAUGACUGUACACUUUAAUCUUAUAGUCAUUUAUAAAUAUGCAAAAAUGCUUUAUGAAGCCUUUUGUAGGAUAAUGUUUAAAAAGUGACUGUUUUUUUUUUUUUAUUUGUCUAUUUAUACAGUAGAAAUCAGGGCUUCUCUGCCCUGGGCAUAUUUUCAAAUAUCAAAAUGUUGAAGCUACUUAUAGAAUAUAUUUUCAGUAUCCUAUAACUCAGGCAUUUCUACUCCUAUGAUAUUGUAAACAUCUACGGAGAGUCUCUUCUGCAUAGUAGUGAAAAACAAUCCUUCCUAACUAAGAUGCUCUCCUCUUGUUAGACAUAUUUGCCAAGUUUCUAUAUCGCAGUUCAACUUUUUUCUACUCUCUACCUAACUUACAGGGACGUUACAUAUACAGUAUCAAGCACAUAGGAAACAGCUGCUAAAACUUUGUGAGAAUGUAGGGAACUGUAAUAUUUUUAGUCCAUGUGCUAUGUGCUGAUGUGCUUUGUUGUGCUUUCCCUACUCUGUCUCGCUUCAUUCUGUUAAUUGUCAGAGGUGUGUGACUUGAUCCCCCCGCAGUGCAACUCCCAAUCACUGCAUGUGUGUAAAUACACAUCUGUGGACUUGAAAUGCUGAUGUUGCUCUCUCAGCAGCAUAUUACAUUUAUACAGAAAAUUCAGCCUUAAAGGAUUAUACCGGCGCUGUUGAGUUUUCCACUUAUCUCCAUUAUUUCUCUGCUACUUAAAAUCCACCUGCUGUCUAUUGCAUAUGUGGCAUUGUGGUGCCCAAAGUUGGAUAAUGUAGUUGCAUUACUGGUUAAAGACAUCCUUGAUAUUGAAAAGUCAUAAGUCAUCAUAGGAAAUGUAUGGUCUCCAUGCUUUCUCCAGAGAAAGACUUUUCUUGUAUGAUUUUUUCUUCUUUUUUCUAGGCAUUAUUUUUUUCAAAUGCCAGUGAGUUCCUCAGAAUACAAGCACCCUUGAGUCAGUGCAUAUGUGAGGAACAACGUACAACCACAGGCUGUAAGUGUUUACAUUUGAAACUCGGCUUGGCCUGGGAUGAGGAAAAAAGUGUGCAUUAGACCUUUUUCGAAACAGCCAUUUUGAAUCAUUCAAAUGAAAACCGACAACUGAAAAUGUAAAAUAGAGGUGUGAUGAAGGGAAAAAAAAAACAGAGAAGCUCAGAGAGGUGGAAAACACUGGUAUUUUUCUUUAAUAAAUGUGAUUUAGUUUCAUAUUCUUGUGUACACUGAGUGCAGAGCAGUGAAUCUGUCAAGAGAACACAAUACAAUGUCUACAAUACAAUCAAAAUAGUGUAACCCAGCAUGGACAAAUGGAAAAAUAUCCCGUAGGUACCACUGUGAGAUGCAGUAUUUCACCUCAUUGCUCUGUGGCUUAUGCUCAUGUUAAUAUGAAUGUUUGUAUUACUGUUGUCAGUUGAACAGCCAUUUUGACAUGGCGAUUUUUGAGAUUAUGCUGUAUUAUACAAUAUGAAUUUUGUUUUUUUGUUUGUGUAAUUCAUCAGACACUCAUUCAGCAAUGUGAAACUCACCUAAACAAAGACUUUUGCGUGUGCCCAUGUGUUAAAGCAUUCCAGGGAAGAAAGCCAGUGCCACAAUGCAGACGUUUCAUGACGCAUUUCAUUCUGGGUUGAACUUGAACUCUGUUCCCAAAACCACUUCCAUCAAAACCAUUUGAACACGUAGCACACCGGUUGCAUUCCAAAUCCUGUAUGUGGCCUACUUUUGAACAAGAAUUAAUGUGCAUGUUAAAAAAAGAAGGUAAUGAAUACAUUUAUUUCCCUGAAUCUAUUUACCUCUUUGUCAUUGAGUUGGUUUGUAUUUUGCAACUUAUCCCCCUCCUUGUCUUUUACCUUUGAACUUUUUCCCACUUUUAUGCUGAUGUUUUUUGUUGCUUAUUUUAUGUUGCUUUUCAUAAGGCAGUUUCCCAACACUAUGUUUUUUUAUGCUAGCCUUCUGAAGCAGUUUUUUGUUGGUUUGCUUGUUUUUUCUAAACACUUUUAUUCUCUCUUAAUAUGGAAUAAAGUUUGUAGCAGUGAAUUGUUCACACGUUAUGUAGAUUUUCCUUGAACAAUAAAUAAUGUUUAUUUGA